CAAGCACAUGCAUGGUGAUAGAUUGUGUCGGCGGGUCUGGGAUCUGCUGGCGGGUCUGGGACGUGUCGUAGGGUCGGGAUCUGCCGGCGGGUCUGGGACGUGCAGGCAGGUCUGGGACGUGUCAGCGGGUCUGGGACUUGUCAGGAAGUCUGGGACAAGUCGUAGGGUCUUGGAUCUGCCGGCGGGUCUGGGACGUGUCGGCGGGUCUGGGACAUGUCUUAAGGUCUGGGACGUGUCGGAGUGUCUGGGAUGUAUCGGCGGGUCUGGGAUCUGCCUAGGACAUGCAAACGGGUCUGGGAUCUGCCAGCAGGUCUGGGACGUGUCGGCGGAUCUGGGACAUUCCGAUGGGUCUGGGAUCUGCCAGCAGGUCUGGGACAUGUCGGCGGGUCUGGGACGUAUCGGCAGGUCUGGUGCCGGCGGGUCUGGGACGUGUCAACGGGUCUGGGAUCUGCCAGCAGGUCGGGGAUGUGUCGGCGGGUCUUGGACGUGUUGGUGGGUCUUGGACGUGUUGACGGGUAUUGGACAUAUCGGCGGGUCUGGGAUCUGCCGGCAGGUCUGGGAUGUGUCACGGGGUCUGGGACAAGUCGUAGGGUCUGGGAUCUGCUGGCGGGUCUGGGACGUGUCGUGCAGGCAGGUCUAUGGCGUGUCGGCUGGUCUGGGACGUGUCGGCGGGUCUGGGAUCCGCCUGGGACAUGCCAACGGGCCUGGGAUUUGCCAGCAGGUCUGGGACAUGUCGGCGGGUCUGGGAUCUGCCAGCAGGUCUGGGACGUGUGGGCAGGUCUGCGACAUGCCGGCGGGUCUGGGAUUUGCCAGCAGGUCUGGGACAUGUUGGCGGGUCUGGGACGUGUCGUGCAAGCGGGUCUGGGAUGUGUUGCCGGGUCUGGGACGCGUCGGCGGGUCUGGGAUCUGCCAGCGGGAUGGGUAACGCUGGGUGGGCCAGUGGGCCCUCCUGCCACCGGGAGCUUGGGCUGUUUUCGGUAUCCUGGCUCAUCAUCCUCACUGGAGGCAAGGAUGGGUCACUGAGCUCCUCCAUCAGAUGGAGCUCGUCAUUUCUCCCGCAUUCAUUCGUUGGAGCGCAGCCAGGCUGCUUCUGCUUCUUCUCACCAUUUCUUCGAUCAGUGGCUGGCCUCCCAGCUGAGGCGACGUGAUGGGAUGUUAUCAUCUGACCAGAUUAUUAAAGGGUUAUGUCUGGAUUAGCUAGUCAUCAGGCUAAAUCAAAUAAAUUAAGGUAUCCGUCAUUUAUUGGUGCCACAAACCGGUUGCCUAGCAACGCUGACACUGAGUCGGUUUUCCGUAGUGAUUCUUGGUAUAAAUUAUCAGUCUUUUUAUUUUGUACCACAGACAUCCCAAAUUCACAAUAUGACAAAACGAGUCAUUUCAGGUAAAGUUAUGAAGUUUGAGCGAGAUGAGGUUAAAUUUAGGAGCUACGUGAGGCCGAAAAUGGAAAGAGGGUCAAAAGGAGUCCCUGGUGGUUCGAGUGUUGCUGAAGAGUCAGAAACCGUUUGGCUGUAGCUGCAGAUGGAAAUUUCAAAAGCAUCUUUAAACCAGUUUGCCACAUUUUCUUUGCUCAUGUUUCCACUGGUUUUAGUGUUAAAAUGAAAGUUAUAUUUGGGUAUUCGGACGCUGCAGCGAAUUUCUCUCCCUCUGGAAGAGGAAGUAAAUAAAGAUUCAUAAUGACUGAAU